AUGACUGGAGACAGUUCAAAUACCGAGAUACCUGAAAGAAUCACCCUACUGCGAGAUCUGGCCAAGGCCAUGGGAAAAGAAAAGAUCUCGACCUCACUCUGGGCCAGCCUUCAGGUGUGCGACCUCUCAAAACUGGAGUCCCUCAUCGAACUCGUCUGCCAUUCACCAAACUCCACUAUCGAUUUUCUCAAUACGUGCCCCAACCUCCCAAAGAGAUGGCUCGAGGACCGAUCCGUCCUUCAAAGCAUUGCCUCUGGUGCCUCCAGCACAUCUCGCGACAGCCUCUCCAAAUGCAUGCGGAUUGUGGCCAGAAAACGAGACGGCCAUCGCUGCGUCUUGACCGGCACCGCGAAAGUCUAUCAGCCGGUUUGGAUAUUUCCAGAGAUACUCGCACGGCCGGCUUUCGAUUUCGAUGUUCACUCACUAGGACUAUGGCGAUUCAUUGACUUAUUCUGGGACCCCGCUAGAGUGCAGCGAUGGCGCAACGCCGUCUUUCAUAACCCCGACAACGCACCGAAUGCCACCAGUGGCUGCUCAAGCCUGAUAUGCUUGCGAAGUGAUCUUGCUUAUGCCUUCUCAGUCGGGAUGUUCGCUUUACGUCCUGUCCGAGUUUCCCUUGACAAACGCGAGUUAGAGGUGGAAUUCAACUGGCUGCCACGGGAGAAACACCGAUUCAAAGACGUGGUGGGUAUUCACAAGCAAGCACUUUCCUAUCAAAAUCUGGAAAGCGUGGAAGGACUAAGAUUCUGUGCGAUGGGCUCGAAUGAGCCAGUUAAAUCGGGUCAUCGGUUCCGACUGACAACGGAUGAUCCUGUAAAGCGACCACUGCCAGAUUUCGACCUGUUGGAUAUGGCCUGGCACCUUUCGCAGAUUGUGGCUAUGUCAUCGGCGAUCGAAUUAGUAUGUCAUGAGCCAGAAAUCUCGAGAGUCCAAAGUGAUGAUGAUAAGACUGUGAAGGAUGCUUCCCCGUCACGACGAACGUUGUCGAAUUUUGAUACUACCCAGCGAGUUGCGGAGUGGCUGGCAAGCGGCACUGGCGAGCGUUGA